CACCUCCUCCUCCUUGUCCUCUUUCUCUCUCUCUCUCUCUCUCUCUCUCUCUCUCUCUCUGGAAUGUACCAAACCCCUCUUCUCCUACGGACAUUGGAAAACCAAUAAGAGAAUCCUAAUCCCCCCCUCCUCUCCUCUCCUCCUCAAAGAUGCUCUUCACUCCCCACCCAAACCCUAAUCCCAUUAAUACCCUUAAUCCCCUUAAUCCCCUUAAUCCCCUUCCUCUUCCUCUUCAUCUCCUCGUUGCAGCUCUUUUCAAAACCCUAAGAUGUUCUCUCUAUCUUUAUCCCUACCAAUUACCCCCUCAGCUCUCCGACCCGUCUCGAUCCGCCGCGGCGCCCCCUGUUCAAAAGAUCGGAUUUUGACAUCCGGGCCGGGCGCAAAAUCGCGGUUUGGGAAGCGAUUCAGGGCUUCUGCUGAAUCCGGGAGGAUGGCGGGCGCUUUUGGGAGAAGCGAGGGUUUUGAUGGGAUCAGUUUGGGAGAAGCGGAAGCGAUUCUGGGAAAUGGGGCUUUGUCGUCAUCGUCGUCGUCAUCGUCGUCGUCGGUGGUUUCGAGCCCGAAUUCGGCGUGGGGGAGCGUUGAAUCGACCAUAAAUCAAAUGAGCAAGUGGAUAGUUGCCGCUCUUUUCGGCCUCGUCAUUCUUUGGAAGCAUGAUGCGGAAGCCCUGUGGGCUGCGAUGGGGUCGGUUGUAAAUUCAUGGCUUUCGAUUACUUUGAAACGCAUUCUAAAUCACGAAAGGCCCUCGGCUUUGAGAUCCGAUCCUGGGAUGCCGUCGUCGCAUGCGCAAUCCAUCUUUUAUGCCGCCAUCUUCGCAAUCUUCUCAUUGGUCUACUGGCUGGGGACCAACAUUCUCACAAUAACACUUGGGAUUGCCAUCGUAGCAUGUGGUUCUUAUCUUUCGUGGUUGCGGGUAUCCCAACAACUCCACACCAUAAGCCAAGUCCUCGUCGGCGCCGUGUUGGGGUCGACCUGCGGUAUCGUAUGGUUUUGGAUGUGGCAUUCGUUUGUAUUCGAAGCAUUCAUCGCGUCUAUAUGGGUUCGGAUUCUCGUGGUUUUGGGUUCAGCAGCAUUCUGCGCGGCCUUCCUGAUUUACGUGAUUCGCCACUGGCUCCAGGAUGAACAUUGAUCAGAAAACAAUGGAUACUGACCAAAAAUAAAAAAAACCAUCCAAUACAAAUCUCAUUAUUUUAAGAUGUAUUUUAUCUUGUAGCUUUUGCAAUCAUUUAGAGGUGGUUUUGAAGCUUUUAAGCACGAAGCCGUCGAUGCCUCCAAAUUGAGAGCAAGCAAUUUAUUUUUAUUGGUUAUGGUACAUAACACGAAUUUUUCGAUUGGUUUUCGCAAAAGCUGUAAAAAGCAUGCUAAUGGAGCAAACUGAAUUGGAAUCUGCGUCGGCGAAGACGAGUUCGUCGGAAAUUUGGGUUCAGUUGCUAUCAGGAAGAGCUUGUUUUCACAGCAAUAUUUUCAGUGAAGUGAAAAAUGUGUAGAAUUUUGGUUGUACAAUUUUCCUUCCUGAAUACCAUAGUGAGGCAUUAUAAUAAUUUGCUAUUCUACAUGUA